AUGCAACUGGAUGUUACCCAGCUCUCUAAUAAUCAUGAUGUGUGUGUGUGUCUGCGCACAGCUUCUCAUCAGCCCUGCAGAUCGGUUGAGUUCAUGUGCAGCAGCGGGAUGUGCAUCAACGCCGGGUGGAGGUGUGACGGCGAGUUCGACUGCGACGACCAAUCGGAUGAGAAGAACUGCACCACGUCCAUGUGCACGGCUGACCAGUUCCGCUGUGGCACGGGACGCUGCGUCCGGUUGUCAUGGAGAUGCGACGGCGAGGACGACUGCUCCGACCGCAGCGACGAAGAGGGCUGUGAGAAAACCGAGAGCCCGCCGUGUGCUCCCGACCAGUUCCAGUGUGGGAACGGGCGCUGCAUCGGCCAGAGGAAGGUCUGCAACGAGGUUAAUGACUGCGGCGAUGGGACUGACGAACACCCGCAUCAUGACUGCCGGCCGCGCUCCAGCGAGGGCAACUGUAACCAGAAUAACGGAGGCUGCUCCCAGAAGUGUCAGAUGGCGCGAGGACUGGUCCAGUGCACCUGUCACACCGGAUACCGGCUGAUGGACGACGGCAAGACCUGCCAGGAUGUGGACGAGUGUGCCGACGAAGGCUACUGCAGCCAGGGCUGUACCAACACGGAGGGGGGCUUCCAGUGCUGGUGCGUCCAGGGCUACGAGCUCCGGCCGGACAAGCGCAGCUGCAAAGCUCUCGGUCCAGAGCCAGUGCUGCUCUUCGCCAACCGCAUCGACAUCCGCCAGGUCUUACCGCAUCGCUCCGAAUACACGCUGCUGCUCAACAACCUGGAGAACGCCAUCGCCCUGGACUUCCACCACAGCCUGGAGCUGGUCUUCUGGUCCGACGUGACGCUGGACCGCAUCAUGAAGGCCAACCUGAACGGCUCCAACGUGGAGGAGGUGGUGUCCACCGGCCUGGAGAGCCCCGGUGGACUGGCCAUAGACUGGAUCCAUGACAAGCUGUACUGGACGGAUUCGGGGACGUCCCGGAUCGAGGUGGCCAACCUGGACGGGACGCACCGCAAGGUGCUGCUGUGGCAGAACAUGGAGAAGCCCAGAGCCAUCGCGCUGCACCCCAUCGAGGGGAAGAUCUACUGGACCGACUGGGGCAACACGCCUCGCAUCGAGUACGCCAACAUGGACGGCUCCAACAGGCGCGUCAUCGCCGACACGCACCUCUUCUGGCCCAACGGCCUCACCAUCGACUACGCCGGCCGCCGCAUGUACUGGGUGGACGCCAAGCACCACGUGAUCGAGAGAGCCGACCUGGACGGGCGCAACCGCAAGGCCGUCAUCAGCCAAGGUCUCCCCCAUCCGUUUGCCAUCACCGUGUUUGAGGACAGCCUCUACUGGACCGACUGGCACACCAAGAGCAUCAACAGCGCCAACAAGUUCACCGGCAAGAACCAGGAGAUCAUCCGCAACAAGCUGCACUUCCCCAUGGACAUCCACACCCUUCACCCCCAGAGACAGCCUGCAGGCGGCAGGAACCGCUGUGGCAGCAACAACGGAGGCUGCAGCCACUUGUGCCUCCCCAGCAACAAGACGUACACCUGCGCCUGUCCCACCGGCUUCAAGAAGGUCGACCACCACAACUGUGCCAACGGUCUUGACAAGUUCCUGCUUUUUGCCCGAAGGACGGACAUCCGACGAAUCAGCUUCGAUACCGAGGACAUGUCCGACGACGUCAUCCCUCUGGCCGACGUGCGCAACGCCGUGGCGCUGGACUGGCACGACAAAGACGGCUACAUCUACUGGACGGACGUCACCACCGACUCCAUCAACAGAGCACUGUGGAACGGCAGCAAACAGGAGGUGGUGGUGGACACCAGUCUGGAGAGCCCAGCAGGCUUGGCCAUUGACUGGGUGACAAACAAACUCUACUGGACUGAUGCAGGUACGGAUCGCAUUGAGGUUUCCAAUGCGGACGGCAGCAUGAGGACGGUCCUCAUCUGGGAGAACCUGGAUCGGCCCAGAGACAUCGUUGUGGAUCCAAUCGGAGGCCUGAUGUACUGGACCGACUGGGGAGCCAACCCCAAGAUCGAGCGUGCAGGAAUGGACGCCUCCAGCCGCAUUGUGAUCAUCUCGUCCAACCUCACCUGGCCCAACGGGCUCGCCAUCGAUUACGAAACCAGCCGUCUGUACUGGGCCGAUGCAGGAAUGAAGACAAUUGAGUUUGGCAACUUUGAUGGAUCUGAUCGACAGGUGUUGAUCGGGACUCAGCUGCCACACCCCUUCGGUCUGACGGUGCACAAAGACAAGCUGUACUGGACCGACUGGCAGUCCAAGAGCAUCCAGAGUGCAGACAAGCGCACCGGCCUGGGCCGACACACUCUGGCUGAGAACCUGGAGAACCUCAUGGACAUUCAUAUGUUCCACAGACACCGCCAGACAGUGCAUAACCCCUGCUCGGUGAAUAAUGGGGGCUGCAGCCACCUCUGUCUCCUGGCGCCCGCUCCCAAAGCCUCCAGCUGUGCCUGUCCCACGGGGAUCAACCUGCUGGCGGACGGAAAGACCUGCACACCUGGAAUGAGCAGCUUCCUGAUCUUUGCGCGGAGGACGGACAUCCGCAUGGUUUCUCUGGACAUCCCGUACUUCGCUGACGUGGUUUUAGCCGUCCAACAGCUCAUGAAGAACACCAUCGCCAUCGGCGUCGAUCCCAAAGGAGGAAAAGUCUACUGGUCUGACAGCACGCUGAAGAAGAUCAGCCGAUCCAACAUUAACGGGACGGCGCACGAAGAGAUCAUAUCCACCGGUGAGAAGCUGAUGACCACCGGCUUGGCGGUGGACGCCGUCGGCAGGAAGAUCUACUGGACCGACACGGGAACGAACCGCAUCGAGGUGGCCAACCUGGACGGCUCCAUGAGGAAAGUCCUGGUCUGGCAGAACCUGGACAGCCCUCGAGCCAUCGCCCUGUACCACGAGAUGGGCUACAUGUACUGGACGGACUGGGGGGAACACGCCAAGCUGGAGCGCUCUGCGAUGGACGGGUCCGACCGGGUGGUCCUCAUCAGUAACAACCUGGGCUGGCCCAACGGCCUCGCCAUCGACAUGGCCGGAUCACAGUUACUGUGGGCGGACGCUCACACCGAGCGUAUCGAGGCGGCCGACCUGAACGGACAGAAUCGUCACACCCUGGUGACUCCGGUCCAGCACCCCUACGGUUUGACCCUGCUGGGCUCCCAUAUCUACUGGACCGACUGGCAGAGCCGCAGCAUCCAGCGAGCGGACAAGAACACCGGAGCCAACACCAUCACGGUGCGAUCCAACCUGCCCGGCCUGAUGGACAUCCAGGCCGUGGACCGCGAGCGGCCGCUGGGUUUCAAUAAGUGUGGGAGGAGGAACGGCGGCUGCACCCACCUCUGCCUGCCGCGGCCCAACGGCACCUCCUGCGCCUGCCCCACCGGCAUCCUGCUCAAAGGGGACGGCCGGUCCUGCGACGACUCCCCGGAGACCUACCUGCUCUUCUCCAACCGGAUCAGCGUGCGCAGGAUCUCGCUGGACACCAACGACCACACCGACGUGCACGUGCCCGUGCCCGAGCUGCACAACGUCAUCUCUCUGGACUACGACAGCGUGGACGGGAAGCUCUACUACACCGACGUGACCCUGGACGUCAUCAGGCGCGCCGACCUGGACGGCAGCAACAUGGAGACGGUGAUCAGCCAGGGUCUGAAGACCACCGACGGUUUAGCGGUGGACUGGGUGGCCAGGAACAUGUACUGGACCGACACCGGCCGCAACACCAUCGAGGUGGCCCGUCUGGACGGAACCAGCCGGAAGGUCCUGGUCAACAACAGCCUGGACGAGCCGCGAGCCAUCGCAGUGUUUCCAAGCAAAGGCUUCCUCUUCUGGACCGACUGGGGUCACAUCGCUAAGAUCGAGCGGUCUCACCUGGACGGCUCGGACCGAAAGGUCCUGAUCAACACCGACCUGGGCUGGCCCAACGGCCUCACGCUGGACUACGACACCCGGAGGAUCUUCUGGGUGGACGCCCACCUGGACCGCAUCGAGAGCUCGGACCUGAACGGGAAGCUGCGCCAGAUCCUCGUCAGCCCGGUCUCUCACCCGUUUGCCCUGACACAGUUGAAGCCGGUGUCCUCCCCUCUAACUCCUUUCUCCCGACUCUCGCAGCAAGACCGCUGGAUCUACUGGACGGACUGGCAGACUAAGUCCAUCCAGCGGGUGGACAAACACACCGGCCGCAGCAAGGAAACUGUGCUGGCCAAUGUGGAGGGCCUCAUGGACAUUAUAGUGGUAUCCCCUCACAGACAGACAGGUACCAACCUCUGUGGGAUCAAUAACGGCGGGUGCACUCACCUGUGCUUUGCGAAGACCAACAGUUUUGUGUGCGCCUGUCCGGAUGAACCAGACGGGCGACCCUGCUCCACAAUUUCAGGCUACGUCCCCACCUCGCCGGCCAGAGGAACCGUCAGCACGCCCGUCCCAAACAAGACCCCCAAAUCAGCAACGGACGCUCCACACAGAGGACCCUCCAUGGUCAAUUGCACCGACAAGAACCUGAAUGUGGAAGGCUGCUUGAACACAGUGGUGACGGCUCCUCACGGAGAGGGACUUCACAUCAGCUAUGUGAUCGGUGGAGUUCUGACUGUUUUGGCAAUUCUGAUCCUCAUUGCUGCCUUUAUUAUCUACAGGCAUAAGAAGUCAAAGUUCGCUGACCCAGGCGUGAGCAAUCUGACCUACAGUAACCCCUCCUACCGGACCUCCACGCAGGAGGUCAAGAUCGAGGCGUCGCAGAAGCCUCCGAUAUACAACCAGCUGCGGUAUAAAAAAGAGGGGGUGGUGGACGGAGGCUACACCAAGGAGAAGAUCCGUAUCGUGGAGGGCGUUUGUCUCCUGUCCAACGACGAGCUUUACUGGGACGACCUCAAACAGAUCAAGCCGUCCCGAGGCGGCCUGCACACCUGCAUGCGCACCGACACCGUGUCCCUGCAGGCCAGCAGCGCCUCGCUAGACGACGGCGAGACGGAGCAGCUCCUCCAGGAGGAGGCGUCGGAGUGCUCCUCCAUAACCACCCUGACCCCGUCGGCCAUCACCCCGCAGCGCCACGCCCAGCACAGCCUGCCCGACACCGGCUGGGCCUCCAUACGCAAGCCCUCCACCGAGAGCGAAGUGUGAGGGAGCCCCCACCCCUCUGAGCGCCAUCUCAACCAUCUCUCACACACACACGCACACACGCACACGCACACACACACACACACACACACACACACACACAUGCUGUACGUUAAACCGGUACGAAUACAUACAGAUGAAUAGGUAGCUGCAUAUGUAAACUAACGGUACAUACGGACCUGGGUAGACACAGUGAAGCUCUAUAAACCCCUCUCCUGUCUUUGAAACUGGGGCUCCGUCCUACUUGUACACACAUACACAUAUAUACACACACACACCCACACACACACACACAGUGCUGCUCUCCAGCAGCACCCUCAGUGCUUCAGCUUCCGGGCUUCAUGAUAAACUAAGGAGCAUGAUGCUGGAAGAGGAAUGGAAAGGACUCUGGGGACGAAGCCACGAGAGAAACGAGCGUUAUCUGGAGCCUUCUCUAUUUUUUUUUUCUUUUCUUUUUUUGUAAAGUGUGCAGACUCUCGGCACCUGUCUGUGUGCAGCUUCAACUUUACUCUGUGUGAACUUCUCCUUCUGGAACCCGACAUACCCCCCCGGACGAUGUAACCACAAGGCUCUCGCUAAUGCCACUCAUGUCUUUAUGAACUCUAUUUAUAAACUUUUUUUUUUUUUUUUUUUUUACUUGUAGAGUGGGUUUGCUGACUUUCAGAGAAUGAUGAUGAUGAGUGUUAAGUGUGAAGUGUUUUGCAGCAGGACCCAGUUUAUCCAAGAGUUGUAUUUAUGACAGUGCCAAAGGGCGGGGCUUCACAGUCUCUAUGCUUCUUUCUCUUUCCACACUUCAGCAGAGAUUCAGUCGACCUCUUGGGUGUUUGUUUUCCUCCACUUCACCAGGACUCUGCAGUGAAGCGCUCCCCAGCACACAAACAGCACUGCACAGGUCUCAUUUUAUAGCGCCCAACACGGCAAAAUUACUGUAGUUUUAUUAACUUUCUGCAGGAGUUUCCCGAAAGAAGCGUCGGGAUGAUAAAGAUGGGACAAAGCAGAAGAAGCCACGAUGAAGUAAAAAGCCGAAGUGCCAAACAUUUCAUUGUUUUUCAACUUCUAUAUUUAUUUUCCUCUGAGGUUUUAAAAUAUACAAGGUGUUUUCUGCCUCCUCUGCCGUUUACCAUGCAGAUAACGCUGGUUUUAUUUUUCCAAGAUAUCAGAUGUCUCUGUUUCUUAUUUCUUUGGAAAGACGGUUAUUGUUUUUUCUGUUCCUCGCCUUUACUGCAAGUCACUGCAGCCUCCAGUGUGAAUUCGGGUUGUUUUUAUAAACACUUAAGACAUCGCCACAAGUAAAGGGAGCAACGGAUGAAAUUGAAUUUUAACACAUUUACUUCCAAACUGCUACAAACAGAAAUAAGAUAAAUUUCUCAGGAAGUUGUAAUAAAUAGAUGGAUUUUUUUUUUUUUUAAUUAUUCACACAAGUUUCCCAGAUCGGAGACAAUUUUGAAAUCUUGGCACGUAGGACUCGUCGUAUCUGCUUGGCCAAACGCUGCUGGAGGUAAUGGAGAACCCUUUUCUUUCUGGGGUCGUCUGAGUCCCGUAGAGAUGCUCUCACAGUAAUAGUUCAGUACGGCUAAUGGGUAACUUAGAAACACUGUGCAUGUCUGUCCUCAUCCACUCAGAAAUAUAUCACUGACAUCUUAAAAUACAAGUUUAACUCAAGAUUUUAUGAACUUUAGAGAACAGUUCUGUCUGUGGAAACAUGGGACAUGGAAAUACUAUAUUGCUAUAUAGAUAAGAUAUAUGUUAGAGGUUUUAGGUCCUUGUAUUUUGAAGUAUCUGCUACAAAGCUCAGCUCCUCGCUGAUUUGCUGCUAGACGAAGCACUGAGGCCAAUGAAAGAGGGUCUUGGCAGCUACGGAACUCCGGUGUCUGGCGGGCGGCGGUGGGAGUGCCGGCCUGCGGAGCGUCACAGUGUCCCAUCCUCCCGGCUCACAGUCCCUCCAAACUCUGCUGCAGGAACGCUCAAACUGUACAGAAGCAAACAUUUCUGUUAAUAUUGCAUUGAUUGAGUUGUAUAGUCUUUUUGUACAAAGGGAUUCCAUGACCUUUUUUUUUUUUUUUUUAGGCUUGUAUUAAUUUUACUCACUGGAGAAAACCUUUAAACCUAUGUUUUUUUUUUGUUUUGUUUUUUGCUGGGUUAUUUUAACCACUGUGUUUCCAAGCCUUGUAAAUGAUAGGGAAGAUGCCAGUUAUUUAAUAGUGCUCUUUUAUCUUAUGAAAUACUGGUUCCAUAUAGCUGUUGUAAAGUUAACAAAAAGAGGUAUUUAUGAUUUUUUUUCUUUGUUUGAUUGUCACUUGAUGUGUAAAUAUGAAAAGACUGUAUAUGUAUUUCCAUGGCAGUACUAACAAGCUGUGUUGUGUGAUAUAGUGAAUUAUCCCUUUGCUAUCUUUUAAUAUAAAAUUGCAUUUGCAUUUCAAUGAAA